GCAGAGCCGAGUGCUUGGUUUCACGUUGCCCAUGUAUCUUGUUAUUCCCUGGUUCGCGGAGCAGAUACGGAGAAGAGAGGAGUAGCAUGUACUUGCACUUUACUCGUACCGCUACCAAAACCAGGCUACGGGACAUCCAUCUGUCCAGGGUCCAGUUUAUUCUUUUCGGGCCCAGAUCUGGCGUCAAGCUCGCCUCCAAUUGGCACAGAUUUUUCUGCUCCUCUUUAUUUUUUCCAGGGGCUCGUCAAUCAGGGUCCCCUUUUUGCUGUGCCUGUUUGAAAUGGCAAAAGGACUCAAUUGAAGAGAACAAGAGUGCAAGAUAGCAGCAGAGUACAACAGAAGAAGAAGAAGAUGCAGUGCAAGACAGAAUUGAGGCAAAUGGACAUUGAUAGUACCAGAAACAUGUACCUAAAAAAAGGGCUCCAGAGCCGCCCCAACAAAAAAUUAUCUCCCAGCUGCCAUGCCAUUGCAUCUGCUUCUGCAUGUACCGGGCCAGUGGGGGGAGGCCAAAUCGUCCAAGGGGGGCCCGGCAAGUCAAAAGUCACUCUGGCUGUGGUUUUUGCGUGGGCUGGACUUGGGCUUGAGCUUUGGGCUUGGGCUGCUGCUGUGUGUGAGUGUGUGAGUGAGUGACUUGGGCUCAUUUUUUCCUUUUUUUUUUCUUUUAUCCCCGAUUUGCCUUGCAUUCCUCGUUUGGCCUCUGAAACGGAGCUGUCCAAUCACUUCCGGAUCGGUUGCAGGUCCCCUAUUCCCAUUCUCCUCUUUGCCCCCCUCAGCCUCUGUCUCUGCCCUCCCCAGGACAAAACAAAAGCGAGGCCACCCCCCCCCCCC